UUUUUUAAUUUUAAAAUAAAAUUUUAAAUAGAAAUAAAUAAAAAAUGAAUGAAGUUAAGACGAACCAGCAAUAUAAUGACAAAGAAAUACAAAUACGCCCAGCUAAAAAGGAGGAUAUGAAGGCUGUUACCGAAAUGAUUCAGGAACUCGCCGAUUUUGAAGAGAUGCCCCAAGGUCCUAAAAUGUCGAUGAGAGAGUUGGAGCGUGACGGAUUUGAGGUUAGCCCGCCGGCCUUUCGGUGCAAGAUAGCAGAGUUGAAGGGAGCUGUGGACCAGCCAGUGAUCGGUUAUGCUCUGUAUUUCCCCACAUACUCCACAUGGGAAGGGCGUUCUAUGAUGCUUGAAGAUUUGUAUGUGAAAAACAGUGAGCGUAAGCGUGGUGUUGGAAAAAGGCUUUUCAAUGCUGUUGCUAAGGAAGCUUUGACCACUGGGUGUUCACGUUUAGAUUUCCAUGUCCUAGAGUGGAACCCGGCCCGGUCUUUCUAUGAUGCUAAAGGAGCUGUAAACUUGACCAACUCCGAGAAAUGGUGCUACUACCGCUUAACUGGGGAAGCGCUCCGGAACGCUUCCAAUGAGGGAGGGGAGGCAUGAAAACUACAUGCUGUGCUCAAAUAUAUAUUCCAUGUAAUAUAGUCAUUUUUGUACAAAUACUUCUUGUUGAUUGUUACAAAAAUUAGCAUAAUAUC